GUGAAGUUUUGAUUUUCGUUCAUUUCCUUGUAAAGUAAUCAUUUCCCAAGCUUCGUGUACGUUUCAUGUUAUGUUUAGUGUAAAAAUCAUAUCCCCUUAGCUGUGGUUUACUUCUACAAGUAACAAUGUGUGAAGACGAUGCUGUUAUCGCUACAAACGAUGAUGCCGCAAUAUGUAAGCGUUAUGCUGUUCAUACGGGAUACUGGUCAGAUCCCCAUAUCCAGCAUUUCAUUAAGUCAACUUCGGAGCGCAAGGCCCCAGAAAUUAGCCGUGGAUAUUAUGCUCGAGUUAUGGGCAUGAAAAUUUUACUUGAGCAAUUUAUCACUACAACAAAUUAUAACUGCCAGAUCAUUAAUAUCGGAGCAGGAUUUGACACACUAUAUUGGAGGCUAAAGGAUGAAAAUGUAACUGUUAAAAGUUUCAUCGAAGUAGAUCUGCCUCCGGUAACAUCACGCAAAUGUUACAUUAUCAGGAAUAGAAAAAACCUACUGAGGAUGGUAGCUACAGAAGAUGAUGACAUACAGUUCUCAAGCUGUGAGUUGCAUGCCGGUGAAUAUCAUCUAGUGGGAUCUGACAUCCGAAACAUCAAUGAAUUGGAAGCCAAGCUGUUGAACGGUUUAGUCGACACUUCAAUUCCUACUGUUUUCCUCGCAGAAUGUGUCCUGGUGUACAACGAGGAGCACUUGACGUCUGCGUUCUUGAAGUGGAUUGCGGAAAAAUUUCGAACUGCCCUGUUCAUCAACUAUGAGCAAGUUAAUAUGGGCGAUAAGUUUGGUACUGUCAUGAUCGAGAAUCUGAAAAAGAGAGGGUGCAAUCUGGCAGGUGUGUCGGUCUGCUCCGACCUCGAAUCUCAGCGGAAAAGAUUCACCGAUGCAUACUGGGAUGGGGCUAAAUCUUGGGACAUGAUGGAGGUAUAUCAGCACCUGCCACAGCAGGAUGUUGAACGUGUAGAAAACUUGGAGUUCUUGGAUGAGCAGGAGCUCCUGCAGCAGUUGUUGCAACAUUAUUGCAUCACUGUUGCUUUUAAAGGAGAGAGUUUAGAAGACAUUGGCUUUAAUUGAAUUUGCAUGCAUUUUAGAUGUGAAUGUUUGAAACUUUCAUUGCUAACUUUGCUGAUGGUCUUGCACUGAGCAUCAGCUUACACCUAAAGCUUAAAACAUUUGUGAUUGAGUAAAAGUUUCGUGCUGAGAGAGCGUUAAGCUUUUACUACUUUCGCAUGUGGCUGUAAAAAAAUAUCAGCUUAAAAAAUUGUAAAUUAUUUAUUUCAACUUGUGAUCCUUAAAAUGUGAUAUGUUCUGUGAAUACUUUUCUCCCUUAUUACACCCAUACAUAGCAUAUGCUUGAAGAUUUGAUAAUAUUUUACUGCCAUGAUUCACUGAUUUGGCCAUUUUUUGUAUCAUUAUUCUGAUAUUUGACUAAAUAUUUAUGUGAUCAUUUUGAAAUGAAUUUUUGCUGCUAGUAAAAGUUUUGCCAACAUGGCUGCAAUUCCUGUUUUUAGACCCAAUUGAUUCUAUUUGACCCUUUGCUUAUGGUUUAUACUUGAGUGGUUUCCAAAAAAAAAAAUUGUUAGACACCUAAGAUUUACAGCAGUUAAAAUUUUAUUUGUCGUAUCUAGGCUAGCCAGACUUUCCGGUUUGACCGGGACAGUCCCGAUUUUCAGAUAAAAUCCUGGUGUCCCGGCCAGUUUACUCCGCAUCCCGGAAAGAGAUUAAUUUGAUUACAGAUGGCCAAAAAAGUCUAAAAAUAAUUAGUUUUGAAAGAUAAUUUAGGAUAAUUACUUUGUCAUUUAAAAGAAUGACUGAAAAAAUUAAUAUUGGAUUAGCUUAUAAAGAUUUUCACGAGAUUAAAACCAAAAUAUUGUUCUAAUUUUUAUUCCUCAUUCAAAGUGUUUCUUCUUACUAAAGCAGCUUAUAAACAGUAGCAUAGAAGAAACAUAAUGUUUAAACUUAUCUGCUUGUGUCAUUUAUUAUUACCCCUGGUUUAAAUUCAUAAUUAGUAACCAUUUAUCCAUACCAUAGCAAUGAGAAUGAACUACUCUCAAAAAAUCAGUUAGGGAUCUGUAUCCUUUUGAAUACUUGCGACACAGGAGGGGGGGGGGGUUGCGUUCUGGUGUCCCAGUUGAACAUUUCAGAAAUCUGGCGAGCCUAGUCAUAUAUGAAUCUUUUUAGAAAUUGUUUAACAUUUAGGUGUUAGUGUUUCCACCAAACCAAAAGAAAAAAAGGCAUGGUGUUUCCAGAGAGAAGGGCACUUUAAU